GGGAAGCAUUUAAAUUGUGUUUGUUGGUUUUUUACAUUCCAGCUUCAAAAGCAAGAAGAUCAGACCAGUUUUCUGGAAAAAUAACAGUGAAGGCAAAAGAGAAAAGCUACUCAAAACUUGAAAUCCCUUACCAAGCUGAGGUUUUAGAAGGGUACCUGGGCUUUGACCAUACAUCCACCCUGUUCCACAUCAGAGACAGUCCUGUAGAUCCAGUGGACAGGCCCAUCUACCUCACCAAUACUUUCAACUUUGCCAUACGCAUCCACAAUGUGUCACUUCCAGAAGAAGCCAAGACUAUGUUCAAUGUGCAUAAUUUCAGCAUGCCAGUUCUUAUCCCUCCCCAUGAGUCCCGCUACAUUUUCUCCCUUCUGUUUCGACCAGUGCGACCCUCCAUCCACAUCGACAGCAACAUUCUCCUCAUCACUAAUGCUUCUAAAUUCCACCUGCCAGUCAGGGCCUACACAGGCUUCUUAGAGCCCGUUGUUCUUCCUCCCUGUCUUCGAGAGCACAUCCUAGACUUUGGAGUGCUUAGUGCUACAGACACCAGCAGUUUGGUGUUUGUGGUGGUCAACAGCAACCCAAUUGAGGUACGAGGUCAUCAUGUUCAGUACAGU